ACAGACACUAUAAAAGAAGCUAGGUAGUCUUUUGUACGCGUAACCCUAAACCAUGGUUGGUGGUAAUGGUUAGUCUUAUUAGUCAUCUCCUUAAUAGGCAGGUUCCCAGUGCUUGCAUCUAUCUCUAUAUAGCGCCACCCCCCCUUUCGAACCCAUCUCCUCCUCCUUGACUUUUCUUCUGCAACAAAAGAAUAGCUUACAUAUAUAUCCAUAAAUAUAGAGCGAGAGGGACGGGGAUGCUACUAUUUGACAAAACAAAAGAUGAGGAAAGAUGACUUUCACUGACUAGCUAGUUAGCCAGCUACUACUGGCUACAAGCUCUUAGUUUAGUCUCCUUAUUUAAUAGAGAGAGAGAGAGAGAGAGAGAGAGAGAGAGAUGGUAUUGAUUGGCUUCCAGAAUCUGGAUAUUGGUCAAAGAUAUCAGUCCAGCUGAUCUUUCAGAGAGAGAGAGAGAGCACAAAGACAGGGGUAUAUCAUGUAUUGAAGCUUGGUUGAUUAGAGCUGGAUGAUGGUUUGAUUUCUUUUGGCGUUAAGAGAAAAAUCUGGGGCAGGGAGGGGUGUUGUUGUUCAGAUUGGAAAAUAUUAGUAUUCACAGAGAAAGAUUAUCAGUUUGAUGGGUAAGAAUAAGAAGCCUCAGAAAACAAAGGAGCUUUCAGUGGCAAUAGCAGAAGCUUCAUCCACGGGAGAUCCUGAGACGACUCAGCAACAGCCUCAAACUCCUAGAAAGAGAGGUAGACCACGCAAGAUUAUUGAAAAGAGUGAAAGCGUAGUGGAAAAAGAAGAAUCUACAGCAGAAGGAGCACAGGCAACUCAUGAACAAGGUAUUGGGAGUCAAUCAAAGAAGAUUAACACUAGCCAAGAAGAAGAAGGAGCACAACAACAACAACAACAACAACAGGUAGAAGCAGAGGGACCAUCAUCUUCUACGAGAGGCAAAAAGAAGGAAGAGGGAAAAUCUGAAGGGAAGGAGCCUCCAAGGAGAAGCAGGAGGAGAAAAAGCAAACCAAGAAAGAGCAGCUGAACAGGUAGGUUGCUUGCUAGCUAGCGAUGGUACAUAAUUAAUAGCCCUUUAUUGCUUCAUCUUGUGAUUAAGAAAUUAAAACAAAAAAAGAACAAGAACAAGAAGGAAGAGGGGUGAACUUUUGUUGUUAGGAUUCUUAAUUAAGCUGCUCUUAUUCUUGUUGAGCUUCUUGAUUACCUCGAUUCGUUCUGAAUUCAUGGAACAAAAAGGUAUAAAGGGCUUAUCAUCUGCUUUAAUAUAUUGUUCCUAUCAACUGAUCAUCGUCCAUUUGUGAUGAGAGCUUCAUUGAUGAUGAAUUAUUAAGAUCAGGUUUAAGCA